UACGUGCUUUGCAUGUAGAAAACCAGACCGGACGUCGAUACUUGGAGUGGUAUUUGAACUUGUUUACAGUCAAACCUAUUUUAAGGAAACCAUGCACCAGACCAUAAAUCAUAUUCGAAACAUUGUUCUCCUUUUUAUUGCAUCCAUAAAGUAAUUCGGUGGACGUUGAGAAGGCUAUAUAACUAGAGCUACACUAUUGUCGGAUAGCACAGACUGAACUACCUGCAGAGCGUUUGUGUUAAAUGACAGCAUGGAUAUCAACACUAACGUGCCAAUUUGGAUCUCCAUAUUGUUGAUGUUGACAACUUUGUCAGACCAACAACCAGCCAAUUCUAACAUAUCAUUCAAAGUCAGCCCAGGACGAAUCGUACUUGGUGGCCUGGGCCAAACAAACCGGCUGAGUUUAACAUGUUCACACCCAGAAGGAAGGGCAAUCCAGGCGAUGGAGGUCGGCAAGAUUCUUGAUAACAAGAGAAAAAAGAUGGCGACACUCCGACAUGGAGACCGAGGGCCUCAGAUUGUUGAUGACUCAAUAAGAAAACGUGCUUCUUCUUCCGGGAUCAUCACUGAUGUGGGUGGUUCUAUUCACAUCAGCUUGUAUCAGCUCAUGUGUGAUGACCGAGGGACAUACUACUGCAGAUCAAACUCCACCCACAACAGAACCAACGUGUUGUACCGCAAUGUCACGGUCACAGCAACUCCCCACAUCCCUUACAUGAGGGUGACGCCUCGUGGUUCUCGAUAUCAUACCGGCCUUGACCUCCACAUUAGGUGUAGUGGACGAGUUGGCAGCCAAUUCAACUCUAGCUUGUGGAGAUGGGAGUGGCGCAACGCAAACGAGUCAAACAGCUGGACAGAUUACCCACACUUGGAAAGGAUCAGACAUGAACGUCCGAGCCAGGACCCGGUCAGUAAGUGUGAACUCCAGGCAGCCAGCACGCUCACCCACACCAUCACCGACCUGGACGACUGUCGCCGGAUACGAUGUUCCAUCGGUGUUGCCAAGUACAGUGAUGAAGUCACCAUACGUCUGCUGGAUACCCUUCAUCAGUGUUCCCAAGAUGGUCAGCCAAGCCUACAUCAUGCCACGUUAACUCUCCUCGUGUGUACUGUGUGCAGUCUCCUGGUCACUGGGCUUGGUGUGACAGCACUCUGUCUGACGUUGAGACGGCGUCGGUCAAAACUGCAAGAUGCCGUGGUGGCUCGCUACACGGGACCCCAGGAGACAGGGCUGCAGUUUAUAUCGUACCCCAGCGUUGACACUGCGAUGUAUGGGGACAGUCUGAAAGCUCCCGUGUCAGAUUCUAUCAUUUAGAUGACUUACGGAAAUUUUAUUGCUCAUGAUGUUAACAAAUGCAAUGCGUUUGAUAAAUGUAGAUGUACAUGUCAGAAGCAAAGAAAAGCGCCCGCUUAAUAAAUUUAGGAUUAUAUUUCUGAAAUAUUUUGGGGCAUUUGGAUCCGAUAUUUAAUAUGGUUGUCACGGCAGCUACUGGGACGACAUCGUUCGAGAUCAUGUUCUACAUUAAUUUGCAAUGUAUUUCUUCGUGACCCACAUAGAACAUGACAACAACCGACAUUGCUAUCCAUGUUUGAGAAUUAUCAACCCAUACACAAAGAAAAUCAACACUAUCAAGAAAUCUGUGAUGAUUAUACUUAUAUAUAUUUUCAGUUGAA